AAUCUACCUAAUAAGGAAAUCACUGAGUGUAUUCGUUCGGUAUUUAGCAUAGCAACAAAAUAAUUUCCAGGCUGAAAACACAAUGAGUGACUCAUACUAUCACUACCACCAGCAGGAUAAUUAUUAUUCUACGCAUAAAGUUUGCAUUUGUCCAAAACAUAUUCAGGAUAUAUUAAAUGAAUAUUUUAUGAUUUAUGAAGGGAAAAUUAAAAACUUGAUCAAUCAAAUCUCAAAUCAUCAUCAUCAUGAUCAUCAGGAAGAAAUCUAUCCAAUCGAUAUUGAUUUACAUGAAAGGCUGUACAUUUUAUGGAUUGGAUAUUUCUAUGAAUUGUACAUCAAACCGGAUUCACUAUUCCAAAUAUUCUGGUUAUUCCUUCCCAUGGAUGACAACGAUACAGAGACAUUAAAAUAUCGCAGAAAUGUGAUUUGGUCAAAGAAAAUUCCAGCGAAAUUUAGAUUUCAGUGUCCACGUUGCAAUCAUAUAUGGACAUCAAAAAAUGGUUGCGUGAAUGUAUUUAUCUGUCAUCAUUCUCCUUUGUAUACAACCACAACAACAAUAAUAACGACGACGAUUAUAACGAAUCAGUUCUCCUGUCCAACAAAUAUUUAUGAAUUCCGUUAUACAUUUGACCGACAAAAGUGUACAUCCUGUUCAACAUCCAACGAAACAGUUUCAGGGUCAACAUAUCCACAUGAAGUGAUCAAGGUUUUACAAUAUAUUCGUCGUCAUAUUUCUGUGAAACCGGUCAAUAAUAAUCUGCCAUGCCAUGGAUUCAAAAUUGAAUUUACUGACACAUAUUCAUCAUCAACGGCACUAAAUUUGACAAAUUCUAAAGACCGCAACAAUUUAACCCUAGUGAAGUCCACGCUACCAUCAGUAAAUUAUAAGAAUGACCUCAAAGGUAUGGCCACAAGUAAAAUAGACAUAGUGUCAAAUGGGAAUCAACAGACCCCCGUCGAAUCUCUUCCAUCAAUCAAGGAUAAAACUGUCCAGAUCCAGAAGAAUUGCACUGACAAAUUAACCCCAGUAGAUGAAGAAUUUCAAAAAUUAUCAAUUACUGUUCAGCAGAAUCAGCAGCUUUUGGAACAGCAUUCAAAAAGUGACAAUUACAGAAACCUUAGUAAUGCUCACCUUUCUACAGAUUUGAACAAGGCCGAUGACGACGAUGAUAAUGAUAAUAGUAAUAAUAAAAAGGAUGAACUGAUGGCAGAGUUGAAUAAUGCUACGAAAGUAGUAGAAGUCGAAAUGUUGGUAAAAGACAAACCUGUUCAGAAACAAUCUCAAAAUUGCAUGAGCAAAAAGACACCAGUUCGCAUCUCCCGAUAUAUUUAAGAUUAACAUAACUCUCCAUACAUGUAAUUUAGAUUUUUGUAUAAAAAUUAAGAAAACUUGUUUGAGAAUGAUUUAUUACUGAUUUCAUCGUCUUUAAUUUCAUUUAAUCCGGUUUCAUUUUCAUCAGAAGAUGCUUUUUGGAUUCUUGUCUUCUCAUUUUCUCUGUUGACGCCAUCAUUUUAUUUAUAGCGCCAAAAACUUUCGAAUUCACACAGCAGUAAUAGACAAGUGCUGAAUACUCAAUGUUUCAAUAAUUACAUAUCAUGUAACUUUUGAUAAUUAAUUUGUUACUUUUUAUUCGUUAUCUUAUUCUUCUCCCGACGUAGACAAUCAACUUAUUACUCACUUUAUUUUAUGGUACGUAAUGAACACUAAAGAUAUUACCUCUCUUUUUUACCUCCUUUUUUGGUGUGAGGGAGUACUGGUUAAGCUUCUGUCAAGGUAAGUCUGGUCUGAAUUAUUAGGAAGGAUUUGUAGCUCAGGUGGAUGAUUUGGAUUUGAUUGUGUUGUUUGAAGCGGUGGAUUUAAUUGCUAAUUUUCCGUUGUCCUUACAGACAACAUCCCUUCAGUAUGAAAUGAAUUUAUUUGAAUCCCUCUUGCAAGAAUGAUGAUAUAAUUGUAUCUCCUAACAACCAUUACUGUGAUUGGUUAUAAUUUACACUGAUCAUUUUUAUUCACUUAAAAUCUGGACAUUUUCGUCAAAUGAUUUAUUUUUUAUUAUUUGAUAGAUUUGGCCUGUUGUCAUGUGUUUGGUUAUCCCUGACAUUCGUUUGAGUACCAAGCCUCUGGAAAUUUCUCGACUGUAUUUUUUCAUGUUCCCACUGCUUAAAAUUUCUACAUUUUCCCAGUCAUAAUAGUGUCCAUGAUUGUCGACAUACGUCGAUACAAAAGAAUACAUAUCGUGUUUUUUCACAGCUAAUUUGUGUUCUUGGAAUGAGAUUCUAUGGGAACGUCCCGUUGGACCAGUGUAGUGUUUAUAGCAGCUUAUACAAUUUAUUCUUUAGAUGGUGUGUUGAUCGUUUCUCCUCUUGCUCCUGGAUCCUUUAUUCUACACAAUAUUGAAUGAAGUGAUUGUGUUGGUCGGUUUGUGUUGUGUGUAUAAUUUAAAUGGUUUUAGCAUUCUAGCUAUUAUUAUUUCAGAGAUAUUCUUUAUAUAUAUGGUAGAAUUAAUUUUCUUGUAGACUUUGAAGAUGGUUUCUUGUUGAUAUUUAGAUUUCACUUUAAACAUUUAAUUUCUAAUGAAAUAGUACGAGUAUUUACUUUUCUUGAAGAGAAAGUUAGCACAU